AUGCCAAGAGUAAGGAUAAAACACCCAGAUCCCAACGGAGCUGCUAAAAUACACCUCCUAAGGAUCCUCUCAGAACACCUCAUUUACGCCACUAAGAUCAUACCAGUUAAUGACGGCUUCAUCGUCCUAACAGGCACAGAUGAGGAAAUAGACAAGAUCUUCAACACCAACUUACAAAGAAGUCUGAAUGAUCAAAAUUUCAACCCAAUAGUCCCACCUGAACUGAGGGCGAAAAGGACUAUAGUAAUAUUCAAUGUUGAUGAAUAUAUAUACAACCAACCCACCAAAGAAAUAGAAGAUGAACUGAUCGGUGAAAAUAGUUGGCUACAAGACGGCAUAGAAAGCAUCUUCAAAGUACCACGAACAAAAAUAAUGAAGAUCUGCCUCAAUCAAACAGCAGCAGCCAAAAAAGCCACUGAAAGUGGAAUACUUGCUUUCCACAUGAGCAUCCCAGCACAUAACAUUAAAAUAGAAGAGUUUAUCCCUAUCCUGACUUGCAUGCGCUGCUACCAACUUGAAAGCCACCCUACCAAUAAAUGUCCUCGUACCAAAGAACAUAAAGUCUGCUCAGAAUGUGCAAAUGAAGGACACACAUGGAAAGAUUGCUUAUCCUUAGAGAAGAAAUGCCUGAAUUGCAACGGUCAGCACAGGACUUUAGCCAAUAAAUGUCCUAAAAGAAAAGAAAUAAAGGAAAAGAAGAGAAAUGAAAAUAAAGGGAAAAAGAACUUAACAUACAGCCAGGCUACAGCAACAACAACAACAAAUCCUAUAAAUCCCUUGAUUAAUACAUCAGACUGCUUCAACAAGGAUACUGCUACAAAGAUAAUGGCCUGCAUGAUGCACGCUCAUAUUCAAAACAUUGCAAGACCAGGAACUUACAAUGAUGAAAUAAAUAAAGUAUUUAAACUGAAUAACCUCCCCUCAAUAAUACUCCCUGAAAACCCACCUUCUGCAGACAUCUUUAGUAUGACAACAACUAUACCACAAGACAAUACUGCAGAAGAAACACCAUUAGCAGCAACAGGAGCAACAGCAAAACAAACAAAAACACAAGAAACACAAAAUACAAUUAAUGAAGAUGUGCAAGACUCACCACCGACACCAACACAAAUAAAAGGCUCGCAGCUUGGACUACAAAUCAUUACACGCAAGAGCGAAGGUUGGCCUAAGCAUGAACUGAAUGUACAACACAUCAAAUUUGGAAUUGACACAGGAUUAUACAAAUGGAGGUAUACAUGUGCAGCAUAUGAGGAACAAGAACUAUACAUCUAUAUUACCAACAACGAAGUUGACUUAGUCAACUGCUUCUGCAUAACAGAUGACUCUCAGUUCAAAAAGAUUCGAAAUGGUCUUGUUCAAGAAAGAACACCCCCACCUAACAAACACAGAUACCGUCACAGCAGCAAAUAA